AUGAUGGCCAAAAAUAUGCAACUUCACAGUGACGAACAUCGUUCGGGUUAUAUUCUUCGCCUUCAACAUUUUACUCUCGAUGCAAUAUUAUCGAUAUGGCAAAGACUUUUAGGUCGUCGAUACUCGAUUCCAUUGCCUUUCAUCUAUUUACGCGGCGAUGAAUCAUCCCAUUUUCAUGAACGUGGAACCAAGUACGAACGAUGGCAUGAUUAUCCAGCUUAUGGCGCCGACAUUCGGCAUGGAUGUCUACCAAAUUAUUUCGGUCAUAUCUUAUUCGGUAAAUUGAAAAGUUUGCCCAAUCCAACUCAUCCUCAAUAUCGAGGUGAUCGCAUCUACAUAAAGCCCGAAGAAUAUGGAUUACAACGAUUUCCACAUUAUAUUGCACGUAAGAUGGUAUUUGAAAAGAUCGUUGUAAAUCUAUUGGAUAAAUAUUUAAGUAAUUAUAUUGAAAAUUUGGAUUAUAAAAAGCUUAAAGUGGAUAUAUGGAGUGGUAAUGUUAUGCUAGAAAACCUUUAUCUAAAACCAAAUGCUCUUGCUGAUCUUCAUCUUCCAGUAACUGUAACCAUUGGAUACCUUAGAAAACUGACACUUCAAGUUCCAUGGAAAAAUUUAUAUACACAUCCAACAAAACUCACUAUCGAUGGACUCUAUGUACAUGUUAUACCCAAAAUUGAAAUUGAAUAUAAUGCUAAGCAAGAUGAAAAAGAACAACAUGAAGCUAAAAUGAAAGAAGUUGAUAAAAUUGAAAAUAUUUAUAAAGACAAAGAAGUUCCUCAGAAUAUAAAAAAGAUUGAAAAAGAUAAUGAUACAUUUAGCGCAAGAGUGAAAUUACAAAUUAUUCAAAAUCUUGAAUUAUUAAUUCGUAAUAUUCAUAUUGUUUAUGAAGAUAAAACAACUAAACCAAAUCAUCCAUUUGCAUUUGGUAUCACACUUAAUUACAUUACAUUUCAAACAACUAACAAAGAAUGGAUACCAACAAUAAUCAAAGAGAAUAGUCCAGUUAUUUACAAACUUGGCGAGUUGAAUGCUUUAUCAAUUUAUUGGAAUACAAAUAUUAAAUCAAAUUCAAAUUUACCAAGAAAUGAAAUCAUUGUAGUCUUUCAACCAUUCAAUGUUAAAACUAAAUUAAUCAUAACAAUGAAACCUCGUCAACAAAAAUUCGAAAGGCCUAUGUUUUAUAUAACCAUCGAUGUAGGACAUAUUAGUAUAAAUUUAAAUCGUGCUCAGUAUUUGGAUAUACUUGAUUUACUUGAAUUUCAAGAUCAUAUGACUGCGAAAUUGAAGUAUAUUAAAUAUCGACCUAAGAAAUUCGAUAAAACAAUACAAAAAUGGAUAUUUGCAUAUAAUGCCAUUGUGGAAGAGAAAAUUAAACCUCGUUUAGCAUGUUAUAAAUGGGAAAACAUAAAAAAACAUGUAGAAAAUUGUCGAGAAUAUCGUUAUAUUUAUGUGCAAGGACUUACAGGAAAAAUAACUAAUGAACAAAAACAACACGCUGAAGAAUUAGAGAAAAAACUCGAUGUAUUCAAUUUAACAUACAUUCGUCAACGUGCUCAACUUGAAGUUUGUCUUCCUUAA